CUGUUGUAUGUUUCCCAAGGAUUGGAAAAUGGACAGAGAAACAUUGAUUCGACUAUGGAUGGCAGAAGGAUUCUUUCAAUCAUCCGAAAUGUUGAACUUGAGAUCUAUUGAAGAUAUAGGAAAUUAUUAUUUUCAGCUUUUGUCGUCGAACUCCUUUUUUCAAGAUUUAGAGAAGGAUGAACUAGGUGUUAUUAUGAGGUGCAAGAUGCAUGAUGUUGUGCAUGAUCUUGCAAUUAGUGUUGUGGGUAGUAAUGAAUUUGGAAUUGUGAAAGUAAGUGCCGGCAAGGAAGAUGUUUCACAAGUUCGUCGUCUGCAACUGAUAUGUGACAUCGGAUCGUCAACAACAACUUCCCAAGUGCUUCGCAAUGCAAAGAAGUUGCGGACAGUGAUUGUGCUUCAUCCAGAAUAUUGUUCACAAGUUAUAAGUUUUUCUUCUGCUAAGCGUUUACGCAUAGUAUAUCCGCUCAGUGUUUGGGGUAAAAAAUACUCCUUCUCGGUUUCCAAGCUUAAACAUCUGAGGUAUCUGAACCUCUCAGACUGUGAAUUUGAUUCGUCACACGAUGUGUCAUUGAAUCAUUCCUACAAUUUGCAGACAUUGAUACUGCGUAGUUGCAAAAAUGUUUCUGGGUUUCUUGGCGAAAUGGGGCAUUUGAAAUAUUUGAGGCAUCUCGACGUAUCAUAUUCUGAUAUUAAAGUUCUACCUGAUGAUUUUACUGUACACCUUACUAAUUUGCAGACAUUGGAUCUCCAACGAUGUAAACAGUUUCAGGCCUUACCCGAAAAAAUGGAGUCUUUAAAAAAGCUAAGUUAUCUUAACCUUUCUUAUUCAUCAUCGAUUACGAAGAUACCUGAUUCCGUCACUUUUCUUAGCAAUUUAAUAACGUUUGAUUUUGAGGAUUGUUGGAACUUAGAGGCGUUACCUAGAGAACUAGGGGCGUUGACACGGUUAAGGCGCCUUGAUUUUGCAGCUACUAAGAUAAAAGUAUUGCCUGAAUCAUGCAUUAGCAACCUCUAUAAUUUGGAGAUAGUGAAUUUCGGUUGGACCUGUGAGCUUCCCAGGGAAAUUAAGAAUUGGCCGAAAUUAAGAAGUUUUAAACACCAGAGAGGUGAUACAAUGCCUAGAGGUAUAGAAAAGCUAACCUGCCUUGAAACAUUAUGGCCAUACAUGGUAAGGAAAGAAGAAGAAGAUAACUGUUCUAAUGGUCACAGUGGGAUAAAAGAGUUAGCAGACCUUAACUCCCUUCAGAUGUUGAUUAUAAGUAGUCUAGAGAAUGUGAGGGGAGGAAAAGAAGAUGCAGAGAGAGCAAAGUUAAAGGAUAAGAAAAAUUUGAGAGAACUAAAGCUAAAUUGGAGAUCCAAUGGAGAUGAUGAAUAUGAUGAUAUGGUUCUGGAGGGUCUUCAACCUCACCAAAAUUUGAGAAAAUUGGUAAUAAGUGGAUUCUCAGGUAUCAAGCUUCCGACAUGGAUGGGGACAUUGUCCAGUUGCAUGCUUCCGAAUUUGGUUUCAUUAAUGUUUGGGAAUUGUAAGAGAUGUGAGAAGCUUCCAUCACUAGGUAUGCUCCCAAGUCUUAGGGAUCUUACAAUUUUGGGAUUAAAGUCAGUCAAGUGUUUAGGUAGAGAAUUUUACUGCCAGCAGCAACAUGAAGAAGAAAAGGGCGGUAAUAAUACUCAGAAGUCUACAACUACAACAGUAUCAUUUUUCCCUUCUUUAGUUGAGUUGGUUAUCAGUGAUAUGCAAAAUCUUGAAGAAUGGGUCGCUCCUGUUAAUGAAAAUUCUUUCCCUCUCCUUGAGAAGCUAAACCUGCAGUAUCGUCGAAAAUUGAAAAGCGUACCAAACUCAUUUCCUUCUCUUAAGCAAUUGCAUUUAGUCGCAACUAACGACAAGGAAGUAAACUCAAUCUUAUCCGCCACCGCAAGAGGAGGAUGUCUGAAGUAUCUCACAUCCAUUCAAAUAGAUCAUUCUCCAGAGAUGAUAUAUUUCCCACUAGGCAUACUACUCCAAAACAAAACUCCGAAUCUUCAUUCUCUGUUGAUCAAUUAUUGCUCUGAGUUUCAAGGUUUUCGUGAUGAUGAUGACCAUCUAAACAACAACUACAGCAACAGUUCUAUCCAAAGAUUUGAAAUAUAUAGUUGUCCUGUCUUAACAUCUCUACCGGAUUUAAGAUUAUGGACUUCUCUUCGGAAAUUAGUCUUACGGAAGUGCGACAAAUUAAAGGAGUCUAUAUCCUAUGAUCUCAAGACAUCACUCUCCUCUCUUGAUUCACUCCAUGUCGAUUUUCUUUAAAGAAAAAACCCGCAGCUAGAAGAUCCAGGUGCUCAUAAUGUCAUGUUUAAUUUGUUGAAGAAGUGGAUGGCAGCUGCAACUCAUCCAGUUACUACCAACAGAAUUCCGUGAGACAUGGGCAUUUGUAAGACGCCAAGUGGAAGAUGCUGGUGAGUGGUGAGGAAUGUUCAAGAGGCUAUGUAUUUGGCGGAAGCUGUAGCUUAGUCCAAGCUUUAAUGAAGGGAAUGUCUCAGGGAGGUCCACCGGCGUUAAAUUACUAUUACUGUGGAUGCUAAGAUUUCUUGUUAUAUUUACUCAGUUGUUCUGUUUGUACUCUUGUAAUAUCCUUGUAAUAACCAUGGUUGUGGUUCCUGAUAAUACAAACUGAUGCAAAU